AUGGCUUCUCGCUGGCUGCUGUACAUCCAGGCCCUUUUCUGGCGCGCCCUGAUGCGCGUGGGCAUGUUCUUCCACACCAUAGCAGCACCUUAUCCACCCAAACCCUCCUUCACACGCUCCAUCCCGUUCGAGGACCACCUUCACAAAGUCGUCUUGCAUUUCUACUGUCCUGAUACUUAUAUUGAACGCAAAAAAGAGGGCCACCUGUCUCCCGUGGUAGUUAAUUUCCAUGGAGGAGGAUUCACCCUGGGCAGUGCGACCGAUGACAGUCGCUGGGCACAAUGCGUUCUGCAAGAGGUGGGCGCUGUCGUGGUCAGUGUCAGCUAUCGACGGGCUCCCGAGCAUCCUUUCCCCGCUGCUGUCGAUGAUGGAGUCGAAGCUCUGCUAUAUUUGACCUCGCAUGCUACUGAAUUGGGAUUGGACAUGUCGCGCGUUGUCCUCAGCGGUUUUUCGGCCGGCGGUAACCUUGCUGUCACCGUUCCCUUACGGCUACGGAGCAUCCGUCCUGGCUGCUGUGGAUCGAGCCAUCUUGACUUACUGGAUCGCGCCUACUCAUCCAACACCCUGGUAGAUGAGAUGAUGGGCGACCUGCGCAUUGUGGCCAUAUUCUGCUGGUAUCCCAUUCUUGACUUUCAGGAAUCUCGAGAGGUUCGUCGCGCGGGCAGUAUCAUGCCUAGCAAGACACUCCCUGCCAUUCUUACAAAUCUCUUCGAUGACUCGUAUCUUCCCGACGAGGCUUCACGCGCAUCGCCCUAUGCCUCCCCAGCUCGCGCGUCUGAUGAGCUUCUUGCCGACGGUCUCCCGCACCAUGUCUUUCUCUACGUCUGCGAAUGGGAUAUGCUCCUCAAGGAAGGGCAGGUCUUCGUCCGACGACUGCAGAAUCUUGGGAAACAUGUUCGUUCUAUGAUGAUCGAGAAAGUGAGGCACGCGUGGGACAAGUCCCCAAAUCCAUUUCGCGAUCAAGGACAAGUCAGCGUGCUUUAUCGGGACGCGUGCGCCGAUAUGAAGGCUAUUUUCUCCGAGUAA